AUGUACUGUGCAGACUCUCACGGUGAAUCUAGGGGUAAUAAGUCACGGUUGAGGCGGACACCCAGCUCCAGAGUCCCGAGGGCGGGACGACGGACUCACCGAGGCCCACAGGCCGCCCUCUUCCCUCCCGCAAAGGCGGGAACGACCUUCUCAAGAUGGCGGCUCGCCGGCGCCCAUCAGCGCCCUUUGAUUGGCCGCCAGUUGCUUGGUGACGGUUGCCCAGGCGACCGUUGUCAAACAGGCAAGAUGGCGGGAGCGAGGGUGAGAAGGGUGACAGGGGAGAGUGAGAGGGAGACGCCGGGCCGGACACACCCCGCACUCCGCCUCAGGGGACACCUGGCGCUCACUCAGGAUGCCUGUGAACUAUACAAAAAUGACACUGACUGGAUCACCUCUUCAGAGCCGUUUAUGUACAGACACCGACCAACAUCAGAAAGAACACAGGAUAUAUCUUACUUAUUGGCGAGUAUCUUCAAAGAUGUUUAUACUGGAGAGGUGAUUGGAAAGGAUACAAUGAAGAACCUUGUGAAAUCACAAGGCGGAGACAAUGCUUACCAUGAGAAAUUCGUGCAACAGCUCCAAAAGAUUCAUGAAGAGUAUGAGAGGCGAAUCGCAGAGGCUGACGCUGUUGAGAAGCACAUCAUCCAGGCCCGAGCACGGGCAGCAGCAGCAGAGGAGAAGGCUCUGAAUAGAACGAAGGAGGGGAGCAGAAAUAGUUUUAACUCGGAGGGAUUGCCUUCAGAGAAGUCCAUAUUUAUGUGUUGCAUAGACAAUGAGCUACUUAAGAAGCACAAUUUAAUCGUUCCUGAGGAUUAUAUCACAGAGAAGCCUGUGAUCAGAAAAGCGUCAAUACCUACAGGAAAAUCCACAGUCCAUUAUCCAGAACUAACAAUCAGCUUCAAACAGCGCAUUUCUCGGAGCCCAGUGGAUGACGGUUACUCAGGCAUGAGCCCACCUAAGGAUCCAUGGACCUGGCAGGCAGACAGAUCAUCCUUAACUUUACCUCCUGACGAAUCUGCGAGUUUGAAAAAAUCCAGCCUUCAGGAGGAGAAGUCUAAGAAGAGAAUUUGGAGGGAUGAGCUGCCUGUGGCCGAUCGGAUCCAGGCACGGGAUGAUAUGGUGAGGUUCGAGAGAUGUCACAACUUCCUGAAGAACCCACGCUAUCUGCCCCCUCAUCAGGGAGGCAAAUCGCUCAUCAUUCCUAAGAAGAAAGUGGAGAAGAUGGUUGGUGAUAGAAAGAUAUUUGUCGAGGAAAGUGACCCCAGUGAACCUAUUCCGGUUUUUCUGGCAAAUCCACCGAUUAUUCUGUUCACAGACUAUAAAGUGGGUCAAGUGUAUGAGACAAACGUUGAGCUGCGGAAUAUGACAUCCAGUAGCCGUCACCUCCGAAUCAUCCCACCAAGCACCACAUUCUUUUCUAUUGGACUAGGUAGAUUCCCAGGAGAAGGUGGGCUUGUUGCUCCAGGAAUGAGCUGCCAAUACACAGUUCGGUUUGCUCCUGACUCCCCGGCUGAAUACGAGGACUUUCUGUUGGUAGAGACACAGACGCCAUAUCCACUUGUGAUUCCUAUUGAAGCCAGAAGACCUCCUCCAAUACUAACAAUACCUGGUACUUUAGACUGCGGAUACUGCUUGGUGGGAGGAGUGAAGUUCACAGAAUUCUUGUGCAAAAAUGAAGGGUACAACGCUGGCUGCUUUUGUAUAAUGCCUAAGAGAAUGUGGCCAACAACAAACUUCAGGAGCGUGGCAGUAGCUGGUUUUCUGGACAUAACUCCAUUUGCAGUCAGGCCAGCAGUGUUUGAGCUGCAACCAGGCCAGGCCCUGAUACUGGAGGUUGCUUUCCUUCCAUCUGCUGCAGAAACCUUCUCCCAAACUCUUACCAUGGUUUGUGACAACUGCCAAGUGAAAGACUUUGUACUAACAGGCACUGGCCAGCAGGUUGCUUUGCAUUUCAUCUCUAUCAGUGGUGGGGAAGGCACAGCUGCCCUAGGAGAAUGCAGAGACGUAACAGCGGAUCAUUUUGUUCGCUUUGAAGCAACAAACCCAUAUGUUUAUUCUCAAAAGGUGCUCACCCUCUGCAAUGCUACGCACGUGGAUCUUCCCUUUUGUUGGCAAAUACUUAAACCAAAUCUGGUGUGCGCUAUUCCCGGAGAGUCUAUUGAACACACUAACCUGGAUUACGAGCGAGAUCUAAAAUCAGCCUUUCACAUCUGCCCAGAGAAUGGGGUCAUGGAACCUCACCAGGACCACGAGUUCGUCAUCACUUAUUUCCCGCAAGAGCUGAAGGAGUAUCACAGUGUGUUUUACCUUCUCCUGCGUGACAUUCCUGAACCUUCAAAUGCCAAUGAAUGUAUCGCCGGUAUCGUUUCCUCAUCUGUCAGUGAUAUCAUAGCAAUGGAGAUCGAGGUUAAAGGUUCCACUGACCCAUUCCAGGUCCUGCUGAAACCUUAUGCCAUUCUCAUCCCGGGUGAGAACUACAUGAACACGACUUUGAAAAGGUAUUUUCAGAUGUGGAACAACGGCAGAUCAGCCGUCUACUUCGAGUGGGAGAGUGUGCAUGAUACUCACAUCUUGGAGGUGAUACCACCUUGUGGCGCAAUAGAGGCCAAUAAUUACUGUGACCUGGAACUAUUGCUUACCGGAAGCAAACCCGAGAAAAUGGCCCACCAUCUGCAGUGUCACAUCAGACACCAUGAAGACCCAGUCAACCUUUAUGUGGAGGCAACCUUUGUGGGUCCCCAGGUUUGUAUAGACCUUCCAUCUCUGGAUUUCUGCCUGGUAAGGUUUGGAACCAGUGCCACUCGCAGCCUGCACAUCAAGAACAUGUGCCAGCUGUCAGCAUCAUGGUCUUUGCAAGAGAGUCCUGCAUGCCUGAGUGAGCGGGGUGAAGAGGCCUCACAAUUUACCUUUGAACCAUCCAGUGGAGAACUGCCACCACUGUCCGACUACAGUGUGAAUAUCCUGUUUACACCUACCAAGUGCCAAAGCCUGAAGACAGUCCUUGAACUGAAUGUGGAAAAUGGAAAUGCAAGUCACAUUGCAGUGCAGGCUGAGGUUCAGGAGGUGCGGGUCUGCCUGCUGAGUUGUACCAUCAUCUUCAACGAAACCUACAUCGGUGUCCCAGCACGAGAGACGGCAAAACUGUUUAACCAAACGCUGCUGCCUGCAAAAUGCUCCUGGGGAAAGGUGCACAAAAGCCAUGCACAUCAAUGCAGAGUCAAGAUCACCCCAGCAAGCAUCACCUUGGGACCAAAUGAAGAGGCAGAGGUGUGCGUGGAAUUAACAGUUCUCAAUGCAGACGAGCUAAACGGAGUUACAGUCUCAUGCACAGUGGAGGAAAUGAAAGAACCGCUUUUGCUGGAAUUAUUCGCUAAACCAAAGGGCUUGGAUGUGACUUACAGCAUUCCUACUGAUGACUGUGGGGAAAGUGACUUGCCAGUUCUGGACUUCGGUGAAAUGGUGGUACACGGCACAGCGAAAAGAAAGCUGCUCAUUACCAACAACACAGCCAUUGCUGGCCUGUUCAGCCUGGAAGUGGAGUACUUCAGCAGUUGUCCUCCACUGCCCCCUGCAGUCAGCAGGCUGCCUCCUCAUGGACCUCCUCCCAAAUUUGCAGAUGCUCUGCUCUCCCACAAGAAAGGUGCAGCAUUAGUUGUGCAACCCAUGACAGGAACCCUGGAGCCGUACCAGCAGUUGGUGAUCGAAAUCACGGCCUAUGCCAACAUGUGGGGAGACUACCGCGAUCACCUCAUUUGUAGAGUUGCAGAGCUUGAGCCUACGUAUAUUCCCAUACAGUUGUCCGUUAAAGGCGUUCCAAUCUACUUCAAGGUUUUAGGCCCACAGAAGGACAAUCAGAAGCAAGCCCCCAUAGUCAGAUUUGGAACCCACAUUUCUGGAGGUGACACAGUGUCCCGUUCCCUGCGGCUUAUGAACACAGGUCCCUGUGACAUCAGACUAGACUGGGAGACAUACAACCUAGAGUCGAUGGACUUGCAGCUGGUGGACCUGUUGAUAUCGUACGGGCAGGAGUUCCCACUGAAGGAUGAAAGUGGAAAUGAGAUUAUCGGCACCAGUGUCCCACCCAGCGAGAGUGAACAUUCCAGGAACUGGGACUCGAUACCCAACAGUGCAGAAAGCAGCUCUUUGGGCUUCCAGAUGGAAUGCGACCUGGAAGAAGAGGAGGAGUUGGCAGAGGAAGAAAGUGUGAUGCGAAUGAAUGAUCUAAUUUCCGUGGUGCUACGGAUUCAUGAGGGCAUUGCAGCAGAUUAUCCAUAUUAUGUGACUCCUAGACAGAUGGUGGUCCCUGCUUGUGGGUGUGCCACCAUCAAUGUCUCUUUCACCCCACUUGCUCUGAAUGGAGAAGCAAGAAACGUGGAGUGCGAGGGCUUUGCCAUUGGGUAUCUUAGUCUGGAUGACAAGGUGGCAGUCAGGGCACCUGGGAAGGUAAGACGAGACCAAGGGUACGGGACAGAGCCUUUACGUAUAGACUUUGCUGCAAUUGUAAAGACUGCUUUGUUGGCAGUGGAGAUGGACGACGACGAUGACCUCAUGUUUUAUGCGGCAGCAAGUGACUUGAUUCCAGACGGUCUGAAUGAGAAGAUACAGAGAGAAGUCCUGAGGACACGUGGCCUGAAGCUGACAAACCCCAUGGAGACCCCUCUGUCCUUCCACUUUUUGUUGCAAAGACCCUUCUGUGUCUUAAACGUGGACCCCAAAAAUACCCUAAAAUCUUCAAACAGUGACCGGGAGGAGAAUAAAAAGUUUCUGGUGUUACACCCACAACAGCACAUGCAUGUGACCGUGGCAUUCUGCUCUUCCUGGGAGUUGCUGAGCUUCCAGGAGAAUAUGUGCACAAAGGAGGAACCGAAACUGGUGUUUAAACAGGACCUCGUGAUCGAGUACAACAACAAGACCACACAGCUCAUCCCCCUCCACGCCUUCUUCUUUCUGCCAUGCCUCGAGGUCUCCACUGAAGAUGUCGAUUUUGGUACCUGUUUGGUCGGACAGACCAGAUCGAAGGAUAUUGCCCUGCUGAACAGGUCAAGAUCAAAGAGUUACUGGACCGCAAUGCUGGCUCCGAGCAAAGGCCAGGAGGACGAGAGUGUG